AUGACAAAAACCUCCGUCUUCAUAAUCAAUCCCAAUUCUUCUGAAUCGGUUACGAAUAAUUUAAAGAAUGUCUUGGUGAUGUCUCCGAAUGUAGAGUAUAAUUUCUACACUGCACCACCGGAGGCACCUAAAGAAAUUAGCGGUCAUAAGUCAUCACUUGAAUCUGAGAGAAUAGUGCUUCCAGAUCUUUUGAAGAAAGGCGUUUUGGAUAAGUACGACGGAUUUCUCGUCUGUUGUUACUCUGACCAUCCAUUGAUUCAUUCAUUGGGUCAACGCACUAGAAAGCCAGUCUUAGGAAUUAUGCAAGCAACAUUAACUUACAGUUUACUGAGCUCGCUAGUCAAUAAACUGUUUAUAUUAACUAGCUUUAGCGACUGGGAGCCUCUACUUGACCAAGGAAUCAUAGACUACGUUGGAAGUGAUAGGUUUCCACUAGGAAAAUUUCAAAAAACGAAAGCUUUGAACAUAAGUGUUUUAGAUCUUAGUGAUCCAAAAGAAUUUGCUAAGAUUCGCGAGAGAGUCAACUAUUUUUUGAAUGUAGAGUAUGCAAAAGAAAAGAUCAACUGUGUACUCUUGGGAUGCGCAGGUAUGGCGGGGUUAGAUUCUAAAUUGAGUGAGUCAUUUCCAAAUGUUUUGUUUAUAGAUAGCGUUAAAGUAGGUGUUGAUCUCCUUGUUACGUUGAUUAAAUUCAACUCAACGAAUUUAAAUAUAUAG